CGGGGGGCACGUGGGGGAGGGGAGCGCUGCCGCCGCCGCCGCCAUGUGCCAGGCGCAGGAGGAGUACGGGGGCUGCGACCCGCCCCGGAGGCGGCCCCGCGUCAGCUGUGCGCAGAAGUGCAUGAAGUGCAAGGAGGCCUCUCCUGUGUUGGUCAUUCGUGUUGGAGAUGCCUUUUGCAAGGCCUGUUUUAGGGAGUAUUUUGUUCACAAGUUCCGUGCGAUGCUUGGGAAGAAUCGUGCCAUUUACCCAGGAGAGAAGGUUCUUCUUGCGUUAUCGGGUGGACCUGCUUCCAGCUCAAUGCUUCGACAAGUCCAAGAGGGGCUGAGUCGGGAGACAGCCAAGAAACUGCGCUUUAUACCGGGCAUCAUCUACAUCGACGAGGGAGCCGUGUACGGACAGAGCCUGGCUGAGAGAGAGGAGACGCUGCUCCAGAUGGAGACCAUCCUGCAAGCGUCAGGGUUUCCAUAUCACCUGGCCCACUUAGAAGAGGUGUUUGACUUGCCCAGCUCCAUCCUGCAGCGUGUGCCCCACAAUCCCGCAGGCCCCAGGAACAGCUACAAGGAGGCAGUGGAGGGCUUCAUCUGCCAGCAGAGGAGGGAGGAAGGCGGAGGCCCCUCUCUCCCAGAGAGGCAGAUCCAGGAGAAGCUUGCCGAGGUCAGCCUGCGAGAUGCGCCCGGAAUGGAGGGGCUGGCCGCCCCGGAAGCCAGGCUGCUGGCUGCAGUCCGGGCCGAGCAGCUGAUCCGGCUCUUUGGGUCUGUGAAGACCUUGACGGCUAAAGAGGAGCUGCUGCAGACCCUGCGGAACCACCUGAUCCUGCACACGGCCAGGGCCCAAGGGUACUCCAAGGUCAUGAUGGGAGACAGCUGCACCCGCCUGGCUGUCAAACUGCUGACCAACCUCUCACUGGGGCGGGGAGCCUCCCUCGCCAUGGACACAGGCUUCUCGGACGAUCGCCAUGGCGACGUGGUGGUGGUGCGGCCCAUGAGGGAGUACUCCGCCAAGGAAAUCGCCUUCUACAACCACCUGUUUGGCGUUCCCACGGUCUUCACUCCUGCCUUGGGCACCAAGGCCCUGGAGAAGGCCAGCAUCCACCGGGUGAUCGAGCGCUUCCUCUACGGGCUGCAGGCAGAGUUCCCCUCGACCGUCAGCACUGUGUACCGGACAGGCGAGAAGCUGAGCGCGACCCCUGGAGACGCCGGCCCUGCCGCUGAGCCCGAACGCUGCCUGCUGUGUUUGUGUGCACUGGACACCAACGUGGAGGACGGCUCCGCUUUGCAAGCCAUCCUGGUCUCGGAGCAGCUCUCCCAGCAGAAGCUGCCAGCUGCGUCGCCCGCUGGGAGAGGGUGCUGCCCGGGCGCAGAGGAGCAGAGAGGAUGCUGCAUGAACACGACAGCUCCAGGGGCCGACGCCCGGGCCAGCUUCCUGCCCCUGCUCUGCUACGGCUGCAGACUGACCAUCAAGGACACGACCUGCCUGGAGAGCCUCCCGCUCUACGUCCGCUCGGAGGCAGAGCGCAGGAAACGCAGGGCCGCGAUGAAGCUGGAAAUCCAAGAGUUCUUGCUGGAAGAUGAAGCUGUGACUCCGGGUGAGAGCUGACAGGUGGGCAGGGCUCCCUCCUCUGGACCACGCUCCCAAGAGCUCUAUGCUUCCCUGGCUGUCAGGGCCCC